ACUCUGAGAAAAAGAAUGAAGGCAUUGCUGGUCAAAGCAGUGGUGCUUAUCUUCUUGAGAAGGAUGAAGAUGCUGAAGAUGGUGCCAAGGAUCCUGUAACAGUUAGAGGAGCUUAUGCAUCUUUAAUCUACCUGAGACACCUCAGGAUCAGAGAACUUAAGCGUACAUGUCUGAGCAUGCUAAACUACCUGCGGUCAGUGGAGAGGACUCUGGUGAUGGACACUGCAGGUCUGGAGUUGGUUGGAGGAGAUCUGGUGAGAAGUAUGGAGGAGACAGGCUGGAUGAAUGCUGCUAGAGGAGACGAUGGCUCAAACGGAGCUCUUGGAUCACAUCACUACAUCUUCAACAGCCCAGUUGACUAUAAGGUCCACUGUGCAGAGUUUAUGGAGUUUCCUGAGGUGGAGAACCUCCAUGACUAUUACAGCACAGACGGGAGCUGCAUCCACACGCAGGACCAGCGAGGUCUCUACAUCAUCUAUGACGUGGCCCUGAUGGACCUGGAGGAGCUGGAGCAACAUCUGCUGCUCACAGCAUCUCAUUUCAUACAGAGGAGCAGAGAAUCACAUGCAUCAGAUGGAUCUGGAGGAGAACUUUAUUUCUUGGCUAGAAUGGAUGUAGAUCGGUUGGCCGUGCUUUUAGACAUAUGGACAUGUGAAACAGAAUUUCUGGAGCACAAAAUCCAGCUCUUGAAUUGCUAUUUGGAGGCAUAUCAGCAUGUCACGGAUCUAGAUGAAUGGUUCAGGUUGGCUCAGGUCAUCACAGACAUCAUGCACAGAAGGCCACAGAUGGAUCUUACUGCUGGAUAUUUUGUUCAAGCUUACAGGGACACGAUUGUCUGCCUCCAAAGCCACCAACAGCUCAUCAAACUAGUGCUGAACAAUCAGAUUGAUGAGCAGAGACAAUAUCUGGAGAGAAUAUGGAGGGAGGGACAGAAUGGCUGUCCUGGUGAAUACGGCCUGCCACCAAAAUACAUCCCUAAACAUCUGGUAUCAGUCGGUGGAAGCAGGCCUGCUUUGAAGAGUGUGUAUUUUUUAGAGAUUCACCCCUCAUUGUGUUUGGCGUCGCGGCUGUACGAGGGUCUUGAACGGGCCUGUGCUGAACUGUGUGAGCUGCACAGAUCGAAAACACAGUCUCAAAGAGUCAAACUGGAGCAAAGUCUCUUGAAAAUGGCCUUGCGACACUGGGACUUGCUUGCUGCUCCUGGCUCAACCUACAGUUCUCAGAUCCAGAGAGAUUUGUUCUCCGAAGGGUUCAUCGAGGACCCUGUCCUGGUAAGAGAGCUGGGACUGUCUGUUGUGAGAUCUGCAGAGGAACAGGAGAGGAAGCAAGGCAAAGACAGACAGCUGUUCAUGCUGAAGACGUUCUGCACAUUGCUAGAGCUCGUCACGCUCCGUCAUCGCAUCACUGAAUCAGCAGCAGAGACACAACACCUGGCCCAAUUAUAUAAAUCAGUGGCCAGGCUGAUUGGCUUUGAUGAAGUUCAUUUGUACCUGCGGCCGGUGCAGUUUGAGUUCGCUGUGCGGAAAGAGAUCCCAAAACAACUUCCUGUGUUCAUCACGGCCCUCGAGGACGACAAACAGAAUGCUGACAGGUUUGUCCCAAACAGCCUGCCUCUCGCUGUUCAGGAGCUAGAUGAGAGUCAUAUUGGCAAAUUUAACUUUCAAUCUAACGAAGGAGUUUUACAGCUCAUGAAUCAGUCCAGCCUGGAGAACCUGCAGGUGGUUCUGGUGUGUCAGGUGGUGCAGAAGAACGCUCUGAUUGGUGCACUUAAACAAACGUCCUUAUGCUAUAUCACAGAGAAGCUGGAUCAGUCUUCAGAUACAGACCUGCUGCAGCACGGAGGAACCACUUCCUCUCAAACCAGGAAACAUGCUUUAGCUACUAGAAACAGGCUUGCAGGCGCUUUUGUGUCCGUUCAGCUGGAGAAAGUGUGUCUUCGAGAUGAAAUGCUGAACACGUUUAUAAAGAAGAAAGAACAGAUGAGUGCACUGAAGUUAAACUCUGAAGAAGUGGGCAGGAUCAAGAGGAAACUGAUUUUGGAGUUCUGUCACAAAUUUAACAAGCAUAUGUCACAGCAUUGUGUCCGAGGGCAGAUAGUUGCUCUUUGCCACAGUCUCUGCUCACUGCUGGAUGAGGUGCCGCACAUCCGUGACAAUUACUUUGUGAUGGGAACACCCAAUGAAUCCAGAUCAGACCUGCAGUCAGAUGACAGAUUGUGUCCUGAUCCAAGGACAUUUCAGCCUCGUCCCAGAAGGCUGUUUUCAGCUGAUGGAAAGCGUCUGGUGAACCUGUGGUUCAUCCCUCAUUACACUGAAGUGCUGCUCAUGUUCAGAGCUCUAGAGGAGAAGGAAUGUCACCAGGCGCUUCAAAACACACUGCAGAUUAUUUCAGCUCUUCAUGACGUUGUAUAUUACCUGGUGAGCUUUGCUCGGCUGGGGAAUCCAAACACUUCCUUCAGUCCCAGCAGCACUCAGAGGCUCACAGCAGACUGGGGCGGCUUAGAGAGCAUCGGGGCUGAACUGUGGGACGUCCAGCGACAGAUUGACUCUCUCUGUGAGCCCAGAAGUUCAGAGGCUGUCGCGCGGCUCCUGCAGCUCCACAGGGACGUGCUCUUCCUGCGCUUUGAUACCGCGGUGCGCUACAUGAUCAGGGAGGCGUUCCUCUCCUCUGGAAACCUCUCGGCCUAUCAGAGUGUGAGUGAAAACAUGAGCCACGCCCUCCCAAUCAUGAAUGACAGCAUGAUGGGAGCAGCCAGUUUCCUCUCUGUUCCUGAACCGCUAGAACCAGCCUGCCUUCAGGCCCAAAAAUGGUAUCCAUGGAGAUCUUUCAUUGCAGUCCAUGGAUUGCAUCCUUUGACUAUAUGGGAUGUUUCACCGAUUGAGCAUUACAUGCAGCUCUGCCUCUGUGAUCUGAAUGACCGCUGUAGAAUGGAGGCUAAUGGGGCGAUUCUGGGCGUAUCCCUGAUCAUUGAUGAUGUGCUGAGUAGUGGAAGAGAUGCGGCGCCGCUCCAGCUACAGACCACAGGAGACCCCGACAUCACCACAACAUCUGAUAGAGAAGUUGUUAAUGAUAAUGUGGGAAAUGAGGAGAGAAUAACGGAGGUUGCAUCUAAAACUCAAGACCCCAUGGAGUCUCUGAUGAAGCAGCGGGGAUUUUUACUGCUCUGGAAGCAGAUGGAAGCUCUUAAAGAGAGCUGGACUCAUCGACAGACGGGUGUUGAGAAAAUAAACACCACUGCACAGUUUAAACACUUGUCUCAGCUUUACAGGGUGGAGAUUUACUUUCCCAGCAUGCAAGCUCUGGCCCAGCAGAUGGAUAAGGAGAAGGAAUAUGAGAUUUUGCUGUCUCAGACUCAGUCUGUUCUUCCACCACCUGGAGCAGCAGAAGUUGACGUCAAAAUGUGGCAGUUACUGAGACUCUUGGAGAUCACGGAGUGUGACAUGAUCCGAGCGCUUCAGAAGAGGAUUAACAGUGAAACGACUCUAGUGAUGUCAGAGCGCUCACGGCAUGAUGCACGGCUCCCCGCAGAACUGUGGAAACGGCCUUCGAUGAAGCACAGUGUCUCUCUAGAGAGGCCGCAGAUUGUGGAGGAUUUCAUCCAGCGGUUGGGGAAAGGUGUUGAGCGUGAGAUUGAUGGACAGGUGACGUUCUCCAGCGCUCAUCUGCAGGAGUGUUUGACUGAACUGGCUUGUGCUGUCAUGAAUCGCGAGCGGAGCGUCUUCCUGCGAUAUUCCCAGUUUUACGAGCACAUCCUUCAACAGCAGGAACAACUUCUUCACCAGAGAGAGCAGGAUGUUAAAGAGCUAGAAGCCAAAGAAAUGCAGGCUAGUGACCCCUACAGAAAGGUGGCGGAUGUGUGUCGUGGGAUGAUGGUUGACAUCACGGCUCUGCGUGCCAGAGUCAGUCAGCUGGAGGAGGAGAAGAAAAGCCUAGAGCAACAUCUUAACCUCAAACACAGAGAACGCUACGACACGCUGGUUCGCCAGCUCUUCUCCUCAUGCCUUCUUCUGAAGUCACGUCUGGACAAAUACCAUGUGAAUAUGGACCAUGGUGUGCGACAGCUGGUGAGCAGAGUGAGGAAGGAAGGCGUGGACAGAAUCAUCAAACUGAAAAAUAAAUUAUCCUCCGCUAAUGAUAACGAGACCCUCAUUCACACACUUCAUGAGAAAGAAGUAUUAGAAGAUCUUCAUGCGGAGAAUAGUAAGCUGGCUGGACUUGUGUGUAAACUGAGAGCCUUUAACCACUGGAGGCUGGUGAUCGCUCAAGAGAAACUACAGAAAGAGCUGCUGCAGUGGAAACUGAAUGAGGUGUCGUGUAAAACCGAAGCUCUUAAAGUGAAGAUGAUCUCAGAGCAGAAGGAGAUUGGUCUAAAACAAGAGCUGGAUGCUGUGCAGGAGGCCAUGCUGCAGUGUAAGAGUGAAUAUAAGCACAUCCAGAGACAGAUCAUUCAGCAGUCUCAGAAGCUGCAGGACAUGGAGCAUCGCACCACACGAGACACACAGAGCCGACAGCAGCUGGAGGUGCUGCGCAUGCAGAGCCUGGAGCAGCUGCAGGAAGACAUGGAGGACAGACAGAGUCAACUCAGGGCUCUGAGCGCACAGCUCGAGAAAAACAGCAAAGAGACGGAGCUACGGCAACAACACAGCCACAAGCAAAUCAAACACGUGAGAGGUAAGCUUCAUCAGGAGCGGAGCCUGAAACUAGAAGCGUUCCAGCAGGUGGACAAACUACAAAGUCAGAUCCACGGUUUUGAGUCAGCGUUGUGUAAAUCUACAUUACCUUCAGGACGCCAAAGCUCCUCCUCAAGAAGGCUGUAUUUAAGAAACGCAUCUGCAGGUUUGCUCAGGAACAACUCGGUUAUGUCUUUUACAAACAGCUUUAUAAACACAACUGAUGAGCUCAGUACUGAAAUGGGUUGGAGAGAGACAUGGACGCCUCUGGACAGACCCAAAACAAACUCCAAUCGUCUUCGUCUGGACAUUUCAGAGGCGCUGUUACCCAGUCUUCCUGAUGGAAACGCUUCUUCUAACCACCUGACAUACCAGAAUCUUAGAUUGGGUCACAAGUAAAUAAUCCGAGCCGCACUAAUUGAUACCUUUUGAUUUAUUUCAGACAUUUGAACAUUUUUACUUGUGCCCAAAUGACCCUAACCUAAACCUGAACUAAACUGAAUGACCCUGACAGGUCUGAUUAUUUAUGGAUAAAUGGAAACUGAAUGUUUACCAUUAAGGGGUGAAUUGGAUGCAUAUGCAUGACAUGUCAUUCAAAAUCAAAAUAUUUUUUUUUUUUUAGUACCAUGACGAUUGUUUGCUUUCUCCUCCAAACUAUCAUUACUGUAAUAAUUUUGGAGCAGGACUAUCUUAUUUCUGACCAAUGCCUUACCAGGUAACUAAAAGUAAACUAACUAAAACUGUUAAAGAAAACAUUUUCUUUACUUGAAAUAAAACAAACCUUAACUGAAAUAAAAUAAACUAUAAAAGAUCUUAUCUCAUUUUCAUUU